AUGUAUGGUCUGAGGCCCCAGCGACAUCUCUGCGACAGGAGGAGGAGAAAGGAGGAGAAAGGAGAGAGAAGGAGAGAGAAGGGGAAAGAAGGAGAAAGAAGGAGACAGAAGGAGAAAGAAGGCGAAAGGAGGAGAAAGGAAGAGAAAGAAGUAGAGAGGAGAAAGGAGGAGAAAGAAGGAGACAGAAGGAGACAGAAGGAGAAAGGAGGAGAAAGAAGGAGAAAGAAGGAGACAGAAGGAGAAAGGAGGAGAAAGGAGGAGACAGAAGGAGAAAGGAGGCGAAAGGAGGAGAAAGGAAGAGAAAGAAGUAGAGAGGAGAAAGGAGGAGAAAGGAGGAGAAAGAAGGAGACAGAAGGAGACAGAAGGAGAAAGGAGGAGAAAGAAGGAGAAAGAAGGAGACAGAAGGAGAAAGGAGGAGAAAGGAGGAGACAGAAGGAGAAAGGAGGAGACAGAAGGAGAAAGGAGGAGAGAGAAGGAGAAAGGAGGAGAGAGAAGGAGAAAGAAGGAGACAGAAGGAGAAAGGAGGAGACAGAAGGGGAAAGGAGGAGAAAGGAGGAGACAGAAGGAGAAAGGAGGAGACAGAAGGGGAAAGGAGGAGAAAGGAGGAGACAGAAGGAGAAAGGAGGAGACAGAAGGGGAAAGGAGGAGAAAGGAGAAGACAGAAGGAGAAAGGAGGAGACAGAAGGAGAAAGGAGGAGAAAGGAGGAGACAGAAGGAGAAAGGAGGAGAAAGGAGGAGACAGAAGGAGAAAGGAGGAGACAGAAGGAGAAAGGAGGAGACAGAAGGGGAAAGGAGGAGAAAGGAGGAGACAGAAGGAGAAAGGAGGAGACAGAAGGGGAAAGGAGGAGAAAGGAGGAGACAGAAGGAGAAAGGAGGAGACAGAAGGGGAAAGGAGGAGAAAGGAGGAGACAGAAGGAGAAAGGAGGAGACAGAAGGAGAAAGGAGGAGAAAGGAGGAGACAGAAGGAGAAAGGAGGAGAAAGGAGGAGACAGAAGGAGAAAGGAGGAGACAGAAGGAGAAAGGAGGAGACAGAAGGAGAAAGGAGGAGACAGAAGGAGAAAGGAGGAGACAGAAGGGGAAAGGAGGAGAAAGGAGGAGACAGAAGGAGAAAGGAGGAGACAGAAGGAGAAAGGAGGAGAAAGGAGGAGACAGAAGGAGAAAGGAGGAGACAGAAGGAGAAAGGAGGAGACAGAAGGAGAAAGGAGGAGACAGAAGGGGAAAGGAGGAGAAAGGAGGAGACAGAAGGGGAAAGGAGGAGACAGAAGGAGAAAGGAGGAGACAGAAGGAGAAAGGAGGAGAAAGGAGGAGACAGAAGGAGAAAGAAGGAGACAGAAGGAGAAAGGAGGAGAAAGGAGGAGACAGAAGGAGAAAGGAGGAGACAGAAGGAGAAAGGAGGAGACAGAAGGAGAAAGGAGGAGACAGAAGGGGAAAGGAGGAGAAAGGAGGAGACAGAAGGGGAAAGGAGGAGAAAGCGGAUGA